CUGAUCCAGGAUCUGUCUACGUGUCUCCCACACUGCUUGGUUCAUCACAACCCCAAAGUUAAAAUCUGGAUCUGGAUCUGCUACAGACGGUGAGCUGAUGGGGGAAUACCACCCCGGUGUGGCCUUGGUAGUGUUGGCAAGGUACAGCGUGGAGUUUAUAAAUGGUCCCCUAACGUCGUGAGUCAGUUCAUCCAGGAUAGAGGACCAGUCUUACUUACUCGUCCUGUCCCCGACGUAGGAAUCAAAAUGAAGUCCUCCUGCUGUCUCAGUCUGAUUCUCCUCGGCUGUGCCUUUGGACUUCCUGUCCCCGCGGUGAACAACCACACACAACAACAAGAAGACCAAUCCGUGUUCAAAGUUGACCUGAUGGAAACCAGAGUGGGCAACUCCUCAGGAAAUGAGGAUCUGCACCAGAAGGAUGACAGGCUGGACUCCUUAGAGUUGUACGACUCAUAUAUGACUUCGAGCGAAGUCACGGAAACCUCUACCGGGUUUUACGAAUCAGGAAUCAGAAUGAAGUCCUCCUGCUGUCUCAGUCUGAUUCUCCUCGGCUGUGCCUUUGGACUUCCUGUCCCCGAGGUGAACAACCACACACAACAACAAGAAGACCAAUCCAUGUUCAACGUUGUCCUGAUGGAAACCAGAGUGGGCAACUCCUCAGGAAAUGAGGAUCUGCACCAGAGGAAUGACACGCUGGACUCCUUAGAGUUUUACGAAUCAAUUACGACUAUGAUCCGCUUCAUGGAACCCCUUAUGAAAGUCCCCUGUCCACCAUAUUGCCCUACCUGUGCCAUAGCGACCCUCGUCCAUGACUUGCAGGCAGGAGGCGAUGAACGAGCAGGCUCGGCAGCCUACGAUGCUUACGGACCUGGCAAGUGAUGAGAAAAAUACAGAAUGUCUGAGUCAGAUGAGACGAAGAGAAGAAAUGUGGGACAUUGAGUUCAUUGUGUGAUGAGUUAGGUAUACACUUCAUUAUCCAUCCAACACACAGCAACAAUUGCUGAAUGAUGUAAUAACCACCGUACAUGAUUUUAUACAAUAAAACUUUUGAUAA